AUGCAGGGUUUUAAACAGAAAAGACAGUCCCAAAUUUCAAACUAUAAAGCAGCAGCUUAUGAUGGUACCAUGGAAUCAAUGGAGGAACAUAAAGAAAGAUGGUAUAUAGACAAAGCAACCAGAGGACUUGGUAUUACUAAGUGGGGAUCCCAGGUGCAUCUGUCCCCGAAAACUGAAAAGAACAGCUUGGCAAAGGAGAAUGAUGAUGACAAGGAGGAAGAUGAUGAUGAGGAGAGAUUCCCUACAAUGUUUCCAUUGACGCCUGCCUUUUCUUCCAGAACUGCUGCAUCUUCUGUGUUAAAUAUCAACGUUGGUGGGCACAGCUACCACCUCACUUACCAGGCAGUAGCCAUCUAUCCUACAACACGACUGGGCCGCUUGGCCACUUCCACUGACCGCAAUUGCCAGCUAGGCCUGUGCGAUGACUAUGCAGCUCAAGGGGACGAAUAUUUCUUUGAUCGCGACCCUGCUGUCUUCCAGCUGGUCUACAACUUCUACGCUUCAGGGGUAUUACGAGUGCAGGAUGAAGUGUGCCCCCUCAGCUUCUUGGAAGAGUUGAGUUACUGGGGGGUUCGGCUCAGGUACACACCACGCUGCUGCCGAAUUUGCUUUGAGGAGCGAUGCGAUGAACUGAACGAGCAGCUGAAAGUCCAGCAGGAGCUGCAGGCCCAGGCUGCAUCCCAGGAGAGCGAGCAUCUCUUCCGGCACAUGCGCUAUGCACAGCAGCGUUGGCGCCUUUGGAAUCUCAUGGAAAAGCCCUUCUCCUCUACGAUGGCAAAAGCCAUGGGCGUGACCUCCAGUUUCUUCGUGCUCAUCUCAGUGGUAGCAUUGGCUCUUAACACUGUAGAGGAGAUGCAGCAUAGGAACAAGGGCACAGGAGAGAUCCGUCCCAUGCUGGAACAUGUGGAGACAUUCUGCAUUGCCUUCUUCACACUGGAGUACGUGCUGCGGCUGAUCUCCACCCCAGACAUACGCCGCUUUGCUUAUAGCACACUCAAUGCUGUGGAUCUCAUUGCAAUAUUGCCCCUCUACCUCCAGCUGGUGUUGGAGCAUUUUGUUGAUGAGGACCAGCCUCAUGGUCAAGGCUCGCAGCAUGAGCAUGACAUUGAGAAGGUGGGGCGAGUGGGAAAGGUAGGGCAGGUGCUACGCAUCAUGCGCCUUAUGCGUAUCUUCCGCAUCCUCAAGUUGGCCCGCCACUCUACAGGGCUACGAGCCUUUGGUUUCACUUUGCGCCAGUGCUAUCAGCAGGUGGGCUGCCUCUUGCUCUUCAUUGCUCUGGGAAUUUUUGCCUUCUCUGCCAUGGUCUACACAGUGGAGCAUGAUGUUUCCAGCACUAACUUCACCAGCAUCCCCCAUGCCUGGUGGUGGGCCGCCGUAAGCAUUUCUACGGUUGGCUAUGGAGAUAUGUGUCCAGAAACCCAUCUGGGACGACUGUUUGCUUUCUUCUGCAUUGCUUUUGGAAUAAUUCUGAAUGGGAUGCCCAUCUCUGUGCUCUACAAUAAGUUCUCAGACUAUUACACCAAGCUGAAAGCUUAUGAGUAUACAGCUAUACGAAAAGACAGGGGGAAGGUAGAUUUUGCACGGAGAGCCAUGAAGAAGAUGUCAGAGUGUUAUGGAAACAGGCCAACCCAAUUACCAAGACACAGAUACAGUUAA